AUGUCAUUUUACCAAAAAAAAUUCAAUCUUGAUCUCCUUACAAACUGUUCUGAAUACCCACUUUUUGAUAACUUCUGUCCUUACCUAGCAAACCAUGGUUUAGGCCCCAAAACACACAAUAAGUCUCAAUCUUGGUACCGUUCAAACCCAUUAUUGUUGGAACUUAUCUUCCAUCGUAGAAUGCUUGAAUACCCAUGUUUAACUUCAGAUCCCAAUCAAGCCAAUGCCAUUUACUUACCUUACUAUGCAGCAAUUGAUUCUUUGAGGUAUCUAUAUGGUCCGGGUGUUAAUAACAGCAUGGAGCAUGGGCUUGAAUUGUAUGAUUAUUUGCAAGACAAUGAAGGUUGGAUAUGGUCAAGGAAUCAUGGGGCUGAUCAUUUCUUGGUCAUGUCAAGGCCUGCUUUGGAUUUCUCUCAAUCUGUAGAUGUUAAUCCUCCUAUUUGGGGUACUUCGUUUCUUGAAUUGCCAGAGUUUUAUAAUCUCACUGUUUUGAUUGUUGAAGGAAGGGCCUGGCCUUGGCAAGAACAGGCCGUGCCCUAUUUGACGUCGUUUCAUCCCCCAAAUUUAGGAUUACUUGAGUCUUGGAUUAAACGUGUCAAGGCUUCAAAGAGGACCACUCUGUUGCUGUUUGCAGGUGGGGGUGGUGUUGGUUCCUCACCGAAUAUCAGGAGGAGUAUCAGGAAUGAAUGUGAAAACAGUAGCUUAAGUGAUAGCAGCGACGUUUAUGUUAAUAAUGGUGGAGGGCACGAUUACUCCAAGAUGAGGAAAGUUUGUGAUAUAGUGGAUUGCUCUAAUGGGGUAUGUGAGCAUGACCCAAUAAGGUAUAUGAGGCCAAUGUUACGAGCAACAUUUUGUUUGCAGCCUCCAGGGUAUACACCAACUAGGAGGUCAACUUUUGAUGGGAUUAUUGCAGGGUGUAUACCAGUUUUCUUUGAAGAACUAUCCGCAAAGUCACAAUAUGGAUGGCAUUUGCCAGAGGAGAUGUAUAGAGAUUUUGCUGUUUUUAUGCCAAAGGAGGAUAUUGUGUUUAAAGGGUUGAGGAUUUUGGAUGUGUUGAUGGGGAUACCAAGAGAUGAAGUCCGGAGGAUGAGGGAGAGAGUUAUAGAAUUGAUACCACGAGUUGUGUACAGGAAGCAUGGGAGUUCAUUGGAUUUAAGAGCUAGAAAGGAUGCAUUUGACAUAGCUGUUGAAGGUGCUUUGCAGAGGAUCCAUUCUAGGCUAAAAGAAAGGGACUUCGAUCAAUGACCAGAAUUCUGUUAUUUGGCUGUUGUAAUUAUUAUAUCUACUUAUUUUUGUUUUUUUCUUCUUCUAACCACCGUUAUUGCAUAGGUGGAGAGAAAAUUAGAUUAGUUUGUAUUUGUAACAUUUGUAAAGCUACUCAAUUUUGAGGGAAAUCUAUUUUACUUUUUUUUAUUCUUCA